GUUGUCAUGCAAAGGGUCGGGGCUGGUGCGCGUCCUGGUAUUUUAAAUUAUUAUUAUUAUUAUGAUUAUUAUUAUGAUUAUUAUUAUUAGUAUUAUUAUUAUUAUUAUUAUGAUGAUUAUUUCUAUCGCCGUGCCCUGGUGCGUGUGGCGCGUCUCCCCGGCAGCACCAGCGCCUGUUGCUCCCUGUGCUCGGCCAAUGCGAGGAUAUUCAUUUUCCCCUGCGACGCGUUGUCUCCGCCCCCCCGCUCCCUCGACAGUCUCCUCUGUCAUCCAUGUAUGAGCAUCUAUGGAGGUGCAGCAUUGCACAUCGGGCUCUUCUGACUUUUGUUGUUGUUGUUGUUGUUGUUGUUGUUGUCAACACGAUGUUCUUGAACAUGGAAUCAAGUGAAGCGUCCCCGGCUCCGACAACACAGGUUCAACAUAGUGUACAUGUCUGUCUGUUGUAACUCAGCACCGCAGUUGUAGUCGACAUGUCUCACUCAGCUCUCUGCUGUGAAAUAAUACUUUCAUUUAAAUCCCUGAAUUUCUCCUAUUUAUAUUAUUGUAAAAUUAAUUUAUAAACUACAGUAAAACAAAUAAAUAGAACCUACACAUUAAUUUCAACAAAAUUCAGUGUUAUCGAUGAGGUGAUAUUUUAGGAAGAUAUUGACAUUACAUUCAUUCAGCAGACACUUUUGUCCAAUGCAAUAAUUGCAUUCAACCAUGACGAUAUAACCCCAAAAGUGCAAGUAUCAUGCCAUUACAUAAACGGCAAUGUAUGUAUAUUGCUAGGUUAUAUGUGUAUAUUUAUUUGAUGAUAUAGAUUGUCACCAAACGUGAUUUUUCACAUGCACGUAGGCGUAUGCACCUUGGUCGGGGUAAUAUUCUCUAUAUAGCCUACAUAUGUAUAUUUAAUCUGUUUAUAGUUUUAAAAAUUGUCUUACUUAUCCGUAUUCUUUGCAUGUCUAUGUCAUUUUGAUGUCUUAGUUGACAUUAAUAUUUUGUUGAGAUUACAUCAAAGCUUCAAAUCAAAGGUGUAGUUCGUUGUGGGCGUUGUGGUGAACUGACUUUAUAAUGUCAAGUGUUCCAGCUAAUUUGUCCAGCCCCUGAAGUUCUAACUCCUCCUUCUAACACUCUCGGCCAUCGCUGCUAUAUAAAUGUGGAGCCUCUCAUUCAUUUGCUGGCCACGGACCAGAAGAGCCUGGUACACAAAUAGCUGUUAGUUUACUCAAUAAGUUUACUACAGUGAACUUAUUCUUAGACACCUGGAACUGAAAGUUAUCCGUUCCUGAGCCUUAUUGUUGGACAGCUGCUAAGCAUCUGGUGAAAGAAUGAAUGCUGAUGACUGCAAUGGGCGCCCAUAUGUACAAGGUAAGUUUAUAUAUAAAGGUAAUGGAGGAGAUUCAUCAGCGGAACAGGAUUUCUAUGGCACACUGCAGGGCCCUUCAGCAAGAUCUCCAAACAGUCAGCCUCCCUCACCACACUGCUCCCUUAGUGCAAACUCCAUCAAGGUUGAGCUGUGCAGCGACGAUGAGUCACCAGAUGCUCCACAGCCUGAGAACAGAGAGGCUGUGAGGGACGAUAGCGGGAGGGAUGACAGAGGAGACCCCAUGGAAGAAGGGAAUGCAGAGUUUGCUGGAGCUGGCAGAGAUAGAGUAAGCAUUUACGGCGAGAUGGCCAGUCCAAAUUCUGCGUCACCAGGACCUAUCCGGCUACCCAAAGGGAAGCUCCAGUGUGAGGUUUGUGGAAUGAUCUGCAUUGGACCCAACGUGCUGAUGGUGCACAAGCGUAGCCACACAGGAGAGAGGCCGUUCCAGUGUAACCAGUGUGGGGCUUCCUUCACCCAAAAGGGAAACCUGCUGCGCCACAUCAAGCUGCAUUCGGGAGAGAAGCCUUUCAAAUGUCACACUUGUAACUAUGCUUGUCGCCGGAGAGAUGCACUCGCUGGGCAUCUGCGCACACAUAAAGUCUCUUGUCCAACAGUGGGAAAACCCUUCAAGUGCAGCUACUGUAACCGCAGCUACAAACAACAGAGCACACUGGAGGAACAUCUAGAGCGCUGCCAUAGUUCCCAGAAGAGUCUGGACCACCAGACGGCAGUCAACGCACAGACGGCACAGGGUGAAGAGUCAGUAAAUAUGGAGAUAAGUAAACCUGUGCUCCAGCCAUCAAAUGAAAAAAUCCAGUUUGUGGAUAGACUGGCUAUUAGUAUCACCAAACGCAAGAGGUCAACACCACAGAAGUUUUUGGGUGAAAAGCACAUUCGCCUUGACAUACCUGAAGCACCUUAUGAAUUGUCCUCUGGCUCGGAGAAAGAAGGGGACCUCAUGAGCUCCCAGGCUGCUGGGGAUUCCGCUGGGCUCACUGGUUCACGCCUCCAAGGCGCCAGGGGUAAAGGUGAAAACCAUGAGUCACUUACCCUGUCUCAGCUCCACCCUGCCUUUCUGUCGGAGCUCCGCACAGUUAUGGGCUCCAUCAACAGCAACGUAACUCCUCAGGGCCCACGGGCCCAUGCUGGAGGCGGGCUGGCAGCGAUGUCUCUCGGGCGGGAGGCAAGCGAAUGUCGUGUUGACCAACCCUCAGCCCAUUGCUAUACCACCUCGCCCAAUGGCUGCCCCGACUCCACAGACACAGAGAGCACGGCAGAAGAGCAGAGCACAAGGGCUACAGCCCCAACAAGUACCUCCAACAACCAUCACCUCCACUACCAAACCCCAGCACUGGCCCGCAGCCAUCCCACCUCCAGCCCCAGCCAGGCCAAAUACUUGGACGCAGAGUGGGAGAGAGCAUGUCCUGUGCCCCCCACCAUAGUAAAGAGGAGCCCUGGCUCACCACUUUCUUCCAGGGAGACUGUGCAGGUGUUGGACAGGGAUGGCAGGCCUGUGCGUUCCUUCCACUGCCGGCACUGCCGCAUCCUCUUCCUGGACAAUGUCAUGUUCACCAUCCACAUGGGCUGUCACGGCUUCCGCCAACCCUUCGAGUGCAACAUCUGUGGCCACCUCAGCCAGGACCGCUACGAGUUCUCGUCUCACAUCAGCCGCGGAGAGCACCAGGUGGGCUGAGGGACGGGGGCUCGUGGCAGGAUGAGGAGAGGUGGCUGCUGCUUUCUAAAGUUGUGGGCUCACGUUUGUUCUGCACCAGAUCUGUUGCUUUGAACCCCAAGUGUAAGUAAAAAAGAUUUUUAUUGUAAUAGUAUAUAUGAAACUAAAGACCCACGUGACAAAUCUUUUCACUGCACCAUUUCAAGUUUAGUGAAGGCUAUGAUUGAUUGCACUCCCAUAUGAAAUCAUCCAGCAAAACUUCUGGUUUUGCUUCAAAAGUGCCUUCUUGGGGGUUUUCCUCUUACCUAAAUAAAGAACUGCAGUGGUGGGGCAGGUGCUCAAAAAAUUUGACUAGCCUUCUUUUCCUAAGUGAUUAAGUUGCGACUUUUGAGAGGUCAUGCACACAGGCAUUUAAGAAAAGCAUGGCAUGUAAAUUUCAAGAAUUGUAUUUGGUAUGCUUGGAAUGCACUAGUUGCUUGGUUAUUCUGGUUGAGAAGGGUAUUUUGUCCAGGGUGUCAGGUAAGCUUCAUAUGCACUGAGAGCUUUGUGCUUCUGGGUUUUGCGAGGAGCUUUUGUCGCAGACGAAGCACAGAAAUGGAUUGCCUUAACUCCUACACUCGUACGCUGCUGUAGGAAUACAUAUUGUUUACAGCACGGUUUAACAGUGUGUGAAGUCACCUCAGAAGAGAGAAUUGUUACAGCUGCACAGUGAGAAGACUAUCAGGACAGAGCAAAAUCACGAGGGCAGUGAACUUGAAAGCGUUCACCCGAGGGUGAAAAGAGGCAUUCAGGGCUCAGAUGUAAAAUAGGUUUUUUUUUAAUGUUAAAGUGAGCCUAAGAAAACUGGUGCAGAUCAGACAUGAGCCAUGUCGUGUACAGCAAGAGCCUGACUGAAAUGGCCUGGGGUGCUAUACCUAUACAGGAUUGCACUUUUAGGUUCCCUGCUUAUGAACAUCUUUGCCGAAGCACUUUGACGGCUUUACAGUUUUUUUCCCCCUGUGAUUGUUCUACUGCACUGAUGAAUCGCAUAAUACUCACAAUAACGAUAAUAUAAUUUGCAACGCCAGUGUAUUUCUAAUGGAGCCGGUCUUCUGCAGAGUCCAACAACGUUGCACUGGUUCUGUGGUCUACACUCGAGUAUUGCGGCAAUGUGUGUCUAAAACUUUAAUUACUUCAACUAAAAAAUUGGGGGUUUUGCUCUCAGCUGUUAAGGCUGAGAUUUUAAACAAUUUAAAAAUUUUAAUUAGCAACUCAGUUUGGAUCUGUUCAGUUAUCACUUGUGAUUAUCUAUUUAGUGUUGUUUGUUUCAGCCUCGGUGUAUUUAAUCAGCUAUAUUCCAAAUCUUAUCCAGCAUAUUCCUCAAGUCCAUGAAAUGUUACCUCCUGCUUCUUUAUAGCACCCAAAUACCUUAUUGCUACAGUAUGGUGAGUUAUCUGAUAAUGUUAAUAUUGGAAACAUGAAUGAGACAGAACUCAGUAUUCUUACUCGUCUUUGUGGGUUUGCUGCUUCAUAGUUCAACUUGAUUUCCUUUAAUUGCAGGCAAAAUUGUACUUGAAACUGUUUGAGAAAAAAAAGUAAUCUAAAAAUGCACUUGGUUUGAUAAGUGGAGAAAUUUGUGUGAAUGGAAUAUAGCAUGUGUGCUUAUCAUUUUCUGCUUUUACCUGAAUUGUGAAUUAUUUUUUUUGAAAUGUGAAGUAAUUUCGAGAAGUGAAAAUGAGGCAUGUUUUUUUUUGUCUCUUUGUGUGGACUUUUCAAUGUUAUAAAAUAUUUUGUGAAUGAUGUAACAUGACAAAACACUUUACCUCAAAGUUAAAGAUGUACAACUGCCUCAUUAUUAUAAAAAGUCAUGUUGCUUUCCAAGAUGUUCUUGCAGUUACAAAUGCGUGCCCCUCGAUAUUCUCGAAACUUUUUACUGUCAAUAAAGUUAAUUUUAUUGUUAAACAGA